AGUAAACGCGCUAACUUAACACGGGACGCACGCGCGCGGUCGAACGAAUUCGAACAUCGAACACGAAAAAGUUAACGCCAAAAAGUUUUUAACACAAAACAGAUUCUAUUAUCGAACGUAACAUUUUCAAAAGUGACAUUUGUAGUGUUGUAUCGAAUCAGUUUGUUACAUAUUUGAACCGGUUAUUAUCGAUUUUUGAGUGUUGUUGACAUUUAGUAAUCAGUUUCUAAGUUUAUAUUGCCGCAAAAGGUGAAUCAAUUAACUGGCGAUGGUCUGGCAACACUAGUAGACUAGUCAAGUGUACAGUGGAUAGUGUGUGUAUAGUGUCGUGAUGGCGCGUCAACGGCUCCUGUUCAUGUGUAUUACACUGACACUUUUCUACGUCGUCGCUGCUGUCACACAGGGCCUGAGGGGGUCGCCGGUGCGGACCAGGUUCACGUGCCAGGGACGGGCGUCCGGAUACUACGCCGACGUUGAAACCGGCUGUCAGGUGUAUCACAUGUGCGAUGGGCUGGGCCGGCAGUUCAGUUACACGUGUCCCAAUACAACGCUGUUCCAGCAGAGGAUGUUGAUCUGCGACCACUGGUAUAUGGUCAACUGUUCGAAAUCGGAAAGCGAUUACAGCGCUAAUCUGCUAAUAGGGCAACGCGACAAACCUUUUGUUUCUGAAGAGGACAUGAAGCGAAGAACGCCGCGCCCCGACAUCUUGUCGGUGCCGCCCAACGACAACUACUAUGAUGGUCUCCGUGAAGCCGAAUCUAAGUAUCCCAUUCACCCUGGAAACAGCAUCGUCGGCAUUGCUGAUACGAUCUCCUUCUCAAACAAUAACGGCUUGGACAAUGCAAAACAGAACUAUAGACCCCCGUCAUCCUGGUCCACCGGCACAGGAAACCAUAAAAACACUCGGGACUACGACCAGGACAAUCUAACAGGAGCUGCCUCUCAAGAACCAAUACCCACAUUCCAAACAACGCCUGAUGAUAGUUUCAACGAAAAGACGAGGAUACCGACACCACCGCCUGAUUUGAAUAAAUUCUCCUCACCGACAAAAUCAAGACCAAGUAUAUCACUUGACCUAAGGCCUCCACUGCCUGAUAAAAUUACCACUACCGAAUCACCUGAGUCUGAGGAAUAUGACAUAGACGUCAGGAAAAAAACUACUCCAGAUCCCGUAUACACUUUCAUUAGAAGGUUCGACCCGAACUCUCCGGAUUCACAUAAGACUGCAAUGUCAAAAUCAGAGAUCAUCAACCUUAACAAACAUCUUCCAGAAGGACAAAUCAGUGCUGAGGACACUAGUACAGAUAAGAGCAAAGAAAGAGAGCAAGCAGUUACAAAUGACUUAAACAAAUUGAACAAUGUCAAUGUUAAAAGUUCAACAGAAGGGUCGCGGUUUGAUACCAGUAAUUUAAAGCCAACUGUUACUGAAUCUGGUAAUGCUAUUGAUAGUGAUGUGUCUUCAAAUAUUAUCCCAAAACCUGAUAGGAACCUCCUACCGCCUAAAACAGAUUUCUCCGAUUUGCCCUCGACAACUAUGGGUCCGCCGGUAUACUACGAGUGGAAAUGGGCAGUGCCAGCAUUCGAUUUGGAACCGCCCAAAUCGAGCAAUAAUACAAACAACGAAACUUCUGAGCACCAAGCCAAGAGUAUAAAAGGUAGAAGUCCAUUCAGUACUGUGACCCGACCGACACCAGUUACAGUAGAUCCCACUCCUAGUAACACUGAAUAUAAUAUAAGUUCCUAUUUCGUGCCUGAUUAUAUUUUCCCACUUGACAAACCUCACCCUGGUUACGAGGAUGAAGACGCGCACACAUCUUUUCAAGUGAAAAUUGGAAGAACAGGCAGAGCCAGCUUUGGUGAAAAUCCUGCGUGCCCGCAAUGUCAUCCCGCUUAUUUAAAACCGGGGACAUGUGAACCUUGUAUAGUCAAUCGGUAACAAAUGAAAAAGUUCAGUUAAUUAUGUAAAAAGCCAUAAAUUUUCAACUACCUAUUUUUUUAAUAUUGAAUAAGUUAGUCUGAAAGUUACCAGUCUGUUGAUAAACAUAUUUUUGAAGAGUUUAUUAAACUAUAAUUUAUUAUUAUAUUACCAAACAUGAAUUUAGUUAAAAUAGAAAUAGACAUAGGCUUUCCUGAAUAUUGAGUACAACCGUUGAGGAAUAACUAGAAGCUAUUGUAGUUAUAGUGAUUUAAGAAGCUUAUAUUAAUGGUGAUAAAGAUUUAAGAUUAAGUCAUUUUUAAACAUCGCUACUUUAAUUCAUUUACAUUAUCCUUCGAGAUUUGUCAUGAAGGAUAGCAAAGAACUUAAUGUUAAUUUACCCACGUAGCUAAGAAAGUUGUACAGUACCGUGUAAUAAAGUUUAAAUAUUCUUGUAAUUAUUAUUUUUCAGAUUUAAUGUCUAUGUUUAAUAUUUAAGUGAGUUUCAUUACCCAUUUAAUAUUUUUUAUUUAUCAAUUCUACAUCGCCUUUUAUGUAUUUUGGUGUGAAAUCUUCUUUUAAGGCUUUACUUAUUGUUUCCAGAUGUAUUUUCUACUGAAUCGAAACUAUUGAAUAACAAUAUUGAAACUGCAAAGCUAAAUGUAUACCUAUAUUAAAGUUACCUUUAUUUAAUAUUAUACCUAUGAGUACGAUUUCGAUAUUUUUUAGAACAAUCAAACGUUUUAAAUAAUGCAUGUUUUAAACGGAAAUACAGAAAUACCUUUAUAUAUAGUAAAGAAAUCUGUCAUAAUUUCUACUUUAUAUAGUUUUAUACUAGACUAAUCCCCCGUUGCACAAAUGUCCAUUGAAAUUGUCAUCACUUUAAAGCGACGUUACAAAUUUUCAAAUUCAGAACAUUCGUAAUUUAACAAGUCGUAAUUAAACCUUAAUGCACGUUUGUGCAACUGAGCCUACUGAGUGACAAUAAAAAAGUGAACUUUUAUAUGUACCGCACGCGUACAAAUAUUAGUGUAUUUUAGUGUUUUAUGUCUAAUUUGUAUAUUUAUAUUUAUGAAACUUAGCCUUUUUCAUAUUCUACUCAAACUGGCAAAAUUAAUCCUUCUUCUUCAUAGGUCCUUAUGUAAUGUAACUUUUAAACUCAGUCAUACUAGUAAACUUGCCUAGUGAUUGAAUAUACAAAGUAAUUGUAAUUACAAAUAAAUAAAACAUUACCUA